GUAAAAAGCUCCCGAACUCUCUACAGCGAAAGUGCACUCCAUAAAACACACGCAAAUAUGUGGAGAAAAGCCCUAGUAAGCGUCGGUGGUGCACUGCAACCAUGCCGCGUGACGGCUUUCCGACGGUCCUCCAGCGUCUCCACCGCCGUGAACUCCAUGUUGCUCCGCUCCCUCAAAGAACACUAUCUCGAAAUCUCCAAAAUGACUCCACCUCCGAAGGUGAGCCCACCUCAACCAUUUACAGUGGUGAAAGGGGCGCUUGAUAGUGCUACUCCUGUUUUAAAACGGACCUAUGGUGAUGAGGUGAUUAGUAUUUAUGUAAUGCGGUUGGCUAACAUUAUUCCCAGUGGCGGUGGGGAUGACGAUGAUGAUGAUGGAAUUAAUCAGUUGUUUGUUCAUGUGGAUAUCUCAAAGCCUGGACAGAAGGAUUCUUUGCAUUUUCUUUGUGGACUGUAUCCAGAUGCAUUGGGAAUUCACUCAGUUUCGAUGAGGCCAAAGCUUGAGACUUCAGGAUUUCUUGUGGUUCCGACGAAAUACAAUGGCCCUGUUUUCCAAGAUCUUGAUGGGAAAAUGAGAGAUGCACUUCAUGGUUACAUUGAAGAGCGAGGUAUUAAUGAGAGCCUCUUUCCAUUUCUUCAAGCUUGGCUUUAUGUGAAGGAUCACCGGCAUCUUAUGGGUUGGUUCAAAUCAGUCGGUACAUUCAUUAAUGAGAGAAAGCAAGAAGCUUCACUUGCUUAAUGUUUUGUCACGCUAGUUUUUCUGAAAUUUUUCUAUGUGAGCCAGCAUGGGAGAUUGCUCCCAAGUUAGUCCUCUAUAUACAAAUGCAAUGUGGUUGGCUGGUAAGUGUAGGUAAUGUUUUUGUUGUGGCAGUUUUUCAAGGCCAUCUGCAUCUCCCAAUGUUUGAGUUUUAAGUAUCGUACCAGUUCAUUAGUUCUAUUUUAUGUUUAGUCAUUUGAAGUUCUUGUAUUGUACAUCUCCACACGGUCUCCGUAGUUUUUCAAGGCCAUCUGCGUCUCCCAAUAAUGCUUGCUGCAUAUAUAGUACUCAUACAUUUCUACCUAUUGGCAGGGACAGAGCAGGAAUAUAUUUCUAGGAGGGCUCUUUCAAU